CACGUGUUUAACUCCACCAAUCAGAGCAAGCGAAUUAAAGCAACCUGCAUCCUCCGCUUUCCUCCACCGUCAUGGCUGCUCUAUUCAAAACAGCUGCCACCAAUGUCAGUCGAAAGGCAGCUUUACGUCCCCAAGUUGGCAUAACUGCCCUCUGCUCCUUGCAUACCUCUCAAGCCACUUCAGCCACUUCUUCAACUUCGCCUUCAUCUUCGUCACCGACAAUUUCACAGCCAGUUACGGCUCUCGCAGCAAGGGGAUCUAACCAGGCGAGUUUAUUGCAGCCCAAUAACAAAGCUGAAUAUGUUUUGUCGACGCUUGAUAAAGUAGCCAACUGGGCAAGACAAAGUUCCAUGUGGCCAGUCACGUUCGGCCUUGCAUGUUGUGCGGUAGAAAUGAUGCAUAUGGCUGCUGCUCGAUACGAUCAAGACCGACUGGGUAUCAUAUUCCGUGCCAGUCCUCGUCAGUCGGAAAUCAUGAUUGUUGCCGGAACCUUGACGAACAAGAUGGCACCCGCCUUGAGAAGAGUUUAUGAUCAGAUGCCUGAACCUCGAUGGGUUGUUUCUAUGGGCUCGUGUGCGAAUGGGGGAGGGUACUACCACUACUCUUACUCAGUAGUCCGGGGAUGUGACCGUAUCGUACCUGUUGAUAUCUAUGUGCCAGGGUGCCCGCCGACGGCUGAAGCACUGCUAUACGGAAUGCUUCAACUUCAGCGGAAAAUGAGGCGGUACAGGAAGGGUGUUCUCUGGUACCGCAAGUAAAAUUUUCGAGUAAGGCUAGAAGGCGGAGGGGGGUUAGAUUUUUUCAUACCGGCAUGUAAAUAUAUGUUAAAUGGUCUGAACCUUAGUUCAGCAACAUGAGGCCAUCAAAACCUCAUACACA